UUAUGGUCCCGCCCCGCUAGUGGCCAUCUUGGAAGCUAAGGCGGCGGCGGCGGCGGCGGCGGCGGCGGCGGCGGCGGCGGCGGCGGCGGCGGUCGGGUGGGCCCAGUCCCGGCGCGGUGCGGCUCUGCGGCACGGGCCCCGCUCUCCCGCUCCCUGCUCCGGCCUCGACCACGGCGAGCCUGAGCGCGGCGGCGGCCCACGCGCGGCGACGGGGAGAGAUGAGCAGCAGCAGUGGUAAGAGAGCGCCGACAACCGCCACCCAGCGACUGAAGCAAGACUAUCUCCGAAUUAAGAAAGACCCCGUGCCUUACAUCUGUGCUGAGCCCCUACCCUCCAACAUUCUGGAGUGGCACUAUGUGGUCCGAGGCCCUGAGAUGACUCCCUAUGAAGGUGGCUAUUAUCAUGGAAAACUAAUUUUUCCCAGAGAAUUUCCUUUUAAACCUCCUAGUAUUUAUAUGAUAACUCCCAAUGGAAGGUUCAAGUGCAACACUAGGCUGUGUCUUUCCAUCACGGAUUUCCACCCGGACACGUGGAACCCGGCCUGGUCUGUCUCCACCAUCCUGACAGGGCUCCUCAGCUUCAUGGUGGAGAAGGGCCCCACCCUGGGCAGCAUCGAGACAUCGGACUUCACGAAAAGACAACUGGCUGCACAGAGUUUAGUGUUUAAUUUAAAAGACAAAGUCUUUUGUGAAUUAUUUCCCGAGGUCGUGGAGGAAAUUAAGCAGAAGCAGAAAGCACAGGACGAACUCAGUAGCAGACCCCAGGCUCUCCCGUUGCCAGACGUGGUUCCAGACGGGGAGACGCACCACGGCCAGAACGGGCUCCCGAUCCUCAACGGCCACGCACCGGGGGCCGGGCCGCACCUCGCGGGGCUCCAGCAGGCCAACCGGCACCACGGACUCCUGGGCGGUGCCCUGGCGAACUUGUUUGUCAUAGUUGGCUUUGCGGCCUUCGCCUACACGGUCAAGUACGUGCUGAGGAGCAUAGCCCAGGAGUGAGCCGCCGCCACGACCCGCAGCGGUGGUCGGAAACGAGGGACGCUGGGCCCACACUUGACGCGGGCUGGCUGGACGUGCUGCCGAGCACAGGGCUGGCCCGCCUGACUCCUGGGGUUAGCUUUUUUAAACCCUUGAAAAGGAAAACAAAACCCAAAGCGUGUAGUUUGGAUUCGGAGCAGACUGAGAUCCCAGCCCCCCGUUCUCCGGGGGCUGUCGGGGGCCGUGGGCUGUGUCCACAAGGAAGCCCCGUGCUUUGGUUUUGUAGCUUAUCUCCUGUGUUGUCUCUUGGACCUGUUUUAGUAACUUGUUUUUCAUUUUAUUAGACUUGGUCUCUUACAAACAUAAAACUCAAUGCUUCUCCAAA